AGAUCUGCGUCGUUACGAGCUUUGUGUGAUUUAAUAAAUUGUCCAGCUGCUGCCAAAAUGAUUUCCCUCACGGACUCACAAAAGAUUGGGAUGGGGCUGACAGGGUUUGGCGUGUUUUUUCUCUUCUUUGGGAUGAUGCUGUUUUUUGAUAAAGCUCUCCUUGCCAUUGGGAACAUUUUGUUUGUCUCAGGCCUGUCCUUCAUCAUCGGCCUGGAACGUACAUUGAGAUUUUUCUUCCAGAGACACAAAGUUAAAGCCACCAGCUUCUUCCUGGGAGGAGUGUUUGUGGUUCUGAUUGGCUGGCCAAUCAUUGGAAUCAUUCUGGAGAUCUACGGCUUUUUUCUCUUAUUCAGGGGAUUCUUCCCAGUGGCAGUGGGCUUCAUCAGACGAGUGCCUGUGCUCGGGUCUCUGCUUAGUUUACCAUGGAUCAGAAGUCUGGUAGACAAAAUCGGUGAGAGCAACACUAUGGUAUAGCAGUGGCCUUUUUCUGUGUUGGAAGGUGGAAUUUAUCAUAGCUUCUAAUAGUGAUUGUACAUUUCGAUCACUGUCAAACAUUUCUCGGCACAAAAAAGACUGACCCCAUGAAGUUUCCUCUGUCAGAAGAAAAUUGUUUGUAUCUGUCUGCCAUUGGACAACAUUACCAAGAGAUUAUUUACUUUAAAGGGUGGAAGCUGGUCUCCUUUUUUGUAUCAUUCCAGUCUGGUAGAUAUGGACUGUUAACUUGGGACCACUGGAUUAACUCAGAGUCCGGAGCCUUUCAUAGCACCACUCUCCUUCAGACUGUGUGCCUGAACAGACACGGAGCAUUCUUAAGUUCCUCAAUGAAGUGUUUCUGGAACUUUGUACAUUAAAAUAAACAAGCUACAUGUAAAUGCAAAGAAGGAGGCAACAAAACCUGAACUUUUCUGAAAAAGGU